UAUAAAGUAGUUCGUUAUAAACGAAUAUCUCAUUUCUCUCCUCUUUCUGUCUCUGCGAAAAUCGCCAUUUUCCAAUGGCGUAUCGCAGAAAGCAGCCAUUUUCUAGGGCUUCGACAUUCAAAGAAGAUUUCCGCUCCUCUCGAGAAGAUUCCAAGCCCUCGAUUUCUAGGUUUUCUACCUUCAAAGAUGAUAUCCAAUCAUCUUAUGAUUCCUCCUCCUCCUCCCCCUCUUCCUCCUCCUCAUCUUCUUCCUCUCUCGCCACUCAGGCGAUCCGAGCUUCUUCCGCUCACCGAGAUUCAUCUAUCUCCUCCGCCUAUGGAGAAUCUGCUUACAGAGAGCCGACUCGGCAGAGGCCCGAUCCAUUGUGGCAGCAGGAUUCUAGAACAUAUGACUAUACAUCAAUAAACAGUGUGAAUGAGUCCAAAUAUGGAUUUUGGGGUGUUCUGGCUAGAAAAGCUAAAUCAAUUCUGGAGGAUGACAACAUGGCUCAGAAAUUUGAAAUACCUAGCAGAACUGGACCCCAGAUGCUUGAUACAUCAACAGGUGGUCAGUCACAUCAAUCACCUGAGAGCUCCCAGAAGUCGGGAAGUCCGAAACUGCAGAAGGGUUUAGAUGCAAUCACUUCUUCCCUUAACUACCUUGGUGAUACUAUUGGAAAUGCCUUUGAGGAAGGUCUAACAAUCAUGGAGAGCAGGACUGCCGACAUAAUCUCAGAAACCCGCAAGAUGAAUAUCAGGAGGAAGGGAAUCAAUCCUGAUCAACAAAACCAAGCCAGUGAUUCAUUGAGUCCACAGCAGCAACCGCCUCAGAUGCAAACGGACCAAGAAACUCAACUUAAGGCCUCCCGUGAUGUUGCGAUGGCAAUGGCUGCCAAAGCCAAGCUUCUUCUGCGAGAGCUGAAAACCGUAAAAGCAGACCUAGCUUUUGCAAAGGAGCGGUGCGCACAGCUAGAGGAGGAGAAUAAAAUCAUCAGGGAGAGUCGUGAAAAAGGAGUUAUUCCGGAAGAUGACGAUUUGAUUCGCCUCCAACUUGAGACACUGUUAGCGGAGAAGGGGCGACUAGCUAAUGAGAACUCUCUCUAUGCUCGUGAAAACCGCUUCCUGCGGGAGGUUGUUGAAUAUCAUCAACUCACCAUGCAAGAUGUCGUCUACUUGGACGAGGGCAUCGAAGAGGUCACGGAGGUUCGUCAUUUCCCGAUCAUUCCAAUUACAGAGGUCCGCCUGAGGCCUCCAUCCCUGCCACCGCCGGACAGGAGUGAGGCCCCUCCUACUGCAAAUACAAAAGGCACCUUCCCAGAUCAAGCGAUUCCGGAUGCACUUCCUGUCCCCGCACCUCCAUCAGGUUCCCCCGCUGCUGCUACUCCAACAGCCCCUGUCCUAAUACCUGCAGGUGAAGAUCCAAAGCAACGGCAACGUUCCCCAAGCCCUUCUUCUUGAAUUGUGAGCCAUCCACCACCCUUCUUAUACCCGUUCUUUCCAUUCUUUGUAUGUAACAUUAAUUUUGUUUUAUCGAUGAUCAGCGUUUCUGUUUGCUUAUCAUCACUGUUGCAAUAAUCCUUCUUUCUUUUUCUUUUUUUCUUUUUCUUUCUUUCUUUUUUCUUUUCGUAAUCUGAACUUACACAUCUCUGAUCCUGUUUGCUCAUUGUUAUUAUGAUUCUUUCUUCUCUAACUCCCUGAAAUGCUUAUAUUGACUGGGUAUAAGUAGGGUGGUUUCAGCUUUUGCAGCAGAAAUCGACAUCAAUAGUGAAAAAGAAAUGGUUGC